CGGCAGGUAAGUUUUCCCUGUUCACAGUUGGUGGUAGAACUGCGGUAUUAGCUUACAUUCGUUGAUUACAGAUGUUUGUAUACUCUACUGUCCGAUUCAUUACAAUCGUUGAAAGUGUUCGAAUGGGAACAGACGGCUGAAACCUGAGAGGUUUGAUGUUAUCACCGUUCUCCAUAGUCGCGCACGCGAGGGUCUAUUUGUUCAGGUUUGCAAAUGGCAAAGGAGAGGAAUAGUCAGUAGCCUACGGGGUAGCUGGCGUUUGCAGAUGUCUGAUUGCUACGCGCGGUGUUAGUCUGUUCAACAGGGAGACGUUCCAUACAGAAUGCGAAGGUCAGCUUUAACAGGAGACACAGUCCCCCUUCCACUGCGCUUCAAUGGAUCGCACAAUUUUAAUGAUGACUACAUUUCUAAGUUAGUACGUCGCCUUGAGGAACUUGACAUCUCAAGAGGAAACCCAAAUCAUGAGGCGUCAGUGCACAACAGCAAUGCAAGUCCGGAACGGGAGGACUCUUGCUGCAGUAGCAGCCUGGACUCACCCUCAGUUCUGGAAGAGCUCUCCAGUAUGAGACCGAGAAGGCUGGCACAGAGAUGGAGUGAGCUGAGGCUGCAAUUUGCCACCAGUGGGAAUCUCCAUCGGCAGACACAAACAGAAGGGCGGGACAUGGCCCAGAGCGCUCCUUUGCUGGGAAUCACCCCCAUCCAAGUCUCCAACAGUCAGAGGCUGAAGAGUAGAGGGUGGGUUAAAGAAGACACAACAAGUAUUUCUAACAUUUGGGGUGUGGACAACGAGAAGGGACUGAUGGAUUGUUACGUAAAUGGCAGCACACUAGACUAUAGCAGCAGGGAAUUAAUGGGCUACAAUUCAAACGACAGCGACAUCUCUGACCAAGAGAAAGGAAACGCACUGUCCCACUGGGCCAAUCCUGUUCAGCUGGACCUGAGACCAGAACCCUAUGACAGGGACCCAGACAUGCUGAGCAGAGAGGAUGCAGAAGCACCGCAGGUUUAUCCUGAGGUUCUGCCAGGACCACUGAAAUGGUUGCAUAUGACUCUGAGCCUGUCAUCCCCUGAUGAGGGGGAGGGCCGAGCAUGGCCGGGUUUGCACACGCAACAAGACCCCUCCAUCUCUGCUAUCGUCUCACGCUUUAUUGAGCUGGAGAGGUUACAAGCUGCCACAGUGCUGAGAGAACGUGACAGAACGGGCCGAUCACGUCCCGCAACGGCAGUUCCCAUCACAAGGUGCUGCUCUCGUCUGAGGAAACCGGACCCAGCUGACCCUCGGCCAGAGUUCUCGGGAAGGGGAGAGUGCAGGUCUGCGGUGUCUGUUUUCACGGAUGUGGCUCCUUCGAACAACGCUUUUGUGACACACAAGACAAUGAGCGUUCGAAACAAACAGCAGCGGUCUAAGAUGAGCCCAAAGCACCCAGCCGCUCCCUCUAACAGGCCUCGUUCAUGCCCGGAACGUAGAGCUGAAAAGCUGGCAUCACGCCUUUCUCCAGGUUCAUCACCCUCACCAAAACCAACCUCUCUUAAUAAAACCAAACGAUUAAAAGCCACCAAGAAAGAAAUAUCAAAGAGGGGUCGAACUGCUUUUACAAAAGGGAAUAAAAGUAAGCCUUGAUAUCAAUGUAAUUCGGUCAUUAAAUAUUUAGGUGCUAAAA